AUGGAGGAAGUGAAGGCUGCGGCGUACUACGACGAGCUCACUCGGAAAGGCGAAGGCGCCGCGCGCUUCAAGCAAGGCCUCGGUUUUGCCUCCAAUAAGGAUGGUGCUGCUCCUCCUUCGAGAGGCUCAGCUCUCCCUUCCUCCGCUGCUUCUUUUUUAAGCAAUUUUGUUAAAGCCUCUAGUCCUGCGCAAGCUUCAAAUUUUGAAAAACAAGCUCAGCUUGAAUCAAUUCAAAACAAGCUCAAGAAACCCAAAGAUCAGGCUUUAUCGCCUAGGGUUUCGGUUUCAGAGCGAAGCAGCAGAGAAUCAGGCCAUCAUAGGCAUCGAUCGAGAUCGAGAAGUAGAGAAAGAGAUAGAGAGAAGAAUCAUAGGAAGCGAAGCAGAAGCAGAAGCAGAAGCAGAGAGAGGAAUUAUAGGCGUAGAAGCAGAGAGCGGUAUAGAGAUAGAGAUAGAGAUAGGGAGAGAAGAAGGAACCAGAGAUCGGAGAGAAGCAGCCGAAGUCGGAGUUUAUCACCACGAGAGGGCAGGAGGUCGGAGAAGAAGAUUGAUGAUUUGGAAAGGGAGAGGGCAGGGAAGGAGAAGAAUGGUAGCAUUGAUUAUUCGCGGUUGAUUGACGGUUAUGAGAAAAUGACAGCAGCUGAAAGAGUCAAAGCUAGGAUGAAACUUCAGCUUAAUGAAACUGGCCAAACUGUUGAUUUGCAGAAUUUGUCUACACCUGUUAGGUGGACACCCUGUCAGAAAAUUGGAAAAUCUCCUACCCAACUUCUUCAACAAGCUAAAAAGGAUGAGGGAAUGGGCUCUGGAUGGGAGCGGUUUGUGUUCGACAAGGAUGCCCCACUUGAUGAUGAGGAAGUUGAAGCUGCAGAAGAUGAUGCAGCACUAAUCAAGCACAUCGGCCAGAGUUUUCGUUUCUCUGCAGUGGAGGAAAGAAGGGAAAAGCAAAUCAAAGCUGCUCAUGAUGAGGCCAUGUUUGGUGCACCAUCGCUUUCAGCAUCUGGUACUUCAGACAAUGAGAAAGAGGUGGACAACAAUAGAAAGGAGAGCAAAGACACAGACCAUGCUUCUGGCCUUUUAAGUGAGAAGGCAUCAUCAGUUGCUGCAAGUGACCAUCCAGUGCAAGAAGAAUUCUUGGAGAGAAGUGGUGUAUCUGAUCAAGUUGAUAGAAGACGAAGAAGCGAAAGGCGGGGGUUGGUGGUGAAGACGAAAGGAAAGGGAGGAGGAGGAGCCAAGCCAAAAGCAGCUGCUGCUGAGCAAGGAAGAUCAGAUGAUGAUGCUGAUGAGGAUGAUGAUAGCGACGAGAAUCAAUCUGCAAUGGAGGUUAAUACACCUUCUUCCACUCCAACCGACCAGCCAUUGCAUCUUGCAAGUAUUAAUCCUGAUGACUCUAUUGAUAAGGCGGCAGCAGGAGGAAAAGUGAUUACGGAUAGGAGUAGCCCAGUGCAGCACUUGGGUUUGGAGAAACAAGGUGAGGAUAGUGGGAAUGCGGUUGUACCUGAAUUUAAGAUGUAUGUUUCGAGGAGACCUGGAGUUGUGGUGGAGGAUGAGGAAGAGGGUUUGCAAAACAAGGAACUUGAGACGCUUCGGAAAGAAAAUAGAUAUGAUAAGCAUGAACUGGAUUCUGCAUUAUCGGUUAUUAAGAAGGUGAUGAAAAUGAUGCAGCUGACACCAAUGGACUUUGGAACAAUCUGCAGCAAUCUUGAGAAAGAUGGCAAGUACAUGAAUUGGAACAACUAUUUUAAGUAUAACAACAAAUGUGACUAUAUCUUGGAUCUUAUGAGGCAUCAUCUAGUCAUGGACAUAAUAAAAGUCAUAACCAAAGAAGUCAAAAAGCAUCAUGGAAGGCGCCAUAAACUUGAUCGUUUAUGUGCCAUAUGUGUUAUAAAGCAUCGUAGAAGAGAGCACAAGGAGAAUGCUCGACUUGGUAAAGGCCAGAUUGGAGUCACUGAUAACGAACUUGUUCAAGAGUUCAAGCAAGAGGAAUCUUUGCUUGUCGAAAGUCCUUGCGAUGAGUAUUCGUCUUCAAAUAUGGGUGAAUCGUUUGACCCGGAUGCAUAUGUUGAAGUGGAAGGAAAAGCACAGGAGGGGAAAGUCGAGGUUACAGAGAGGCAGCAGAGUCUUGUGGAGAAGCAGGAGGAAGAAGAGGAAGAUGAAGACAAUGAGAUGGAGAUUCAGAAGCAAGGGAAGGAAGAAAUACCAGAGAGAUCACAGUUUGCUGAUGGAUCUGGGGAGGAGUCUAAUCAACACCCUUGGCCUAAAGAUGCAUUAGUGCUGCAAGAGGAAGAAACUAUGGCAGUUCGGCAAAAUAAGCCCAAGUUACAGGAAUUGCAAGAAAGGCAAGAGAAGGUUAACGUAUUUAAAAACUUCUACAUCGAAAAUCCCUUGCUUCUUAGCCUAUGUGGAACUCUAUUUCCUGAUGAUCAAAGAUCUGUCUGGAAGGGACCUCAUUCACUGGUUCAACAACAGAAUUCUGGUCAUACAAGUUCCAUUCAUGUUGGGUAUUGA